CACGGAGGGCGAUAAUACAGAAAUGGAUAAUCUCCGACGCGACACCGAUUGGACCAGUUUACUAGCCGAACAUGCGCCAGCGACAAGGAGGACAAAUGUGUACGCGCAGUGGGGUGGGGUUCCCCAGGGUGGGCGCUUAACAUGCCCGCCGGGACUGUCGCCGGACUAACGCUAUUAAGGGCGCGCAGGGGUGCCGCGCGGACAGGUUGAGCGGCCGAGUGCGCAUGCGCGCGCAGCCUCCCGGUCUCGCUCCGCGGCCGGCGAGCCGCCAGUCGCCGUUCGUCGCUCCGGACCGCGUGGGACCGGCCGACGCGCGAGGCGGCCGUCAUCCUCCCCCGACUACGCACGCCCACGCGCGCGGUCUCCUCCCUACCGGACGGUCGCGCCACACUAGCCGGAAAAUAAAAACCGCUCGCAGCAGUGUCUCGGCUCACCUAAUCUACUUUGCAUACGGGAAUCCACCUGCACGUAGAAACCAGCUCCAUCACUGUGUGUUCACCUUUGUCGUCGAACAUUACGACAAAAUCGAGCUUUAUAGCUCACCGACCCUCUCAGUAAACGAUUAGCCUCGCACACUGCACAUUUUUUUUUCUCUGUAGACUACGCCAGCGAACGCAAUUAUACCGUUUAUAACCAGUGUAGAAAAUUUGCCCCCGUACCAAACGACAUAGCAAGUGUUCGUCAUUGAAAUUUGUGAUACUGCAGCAACAGUGCGUCGAUUUUUUACUACAAAGUGCUAAUUUUUUUGUGGAAGAUAACUGUGGCAGGAAAGCAUUUUCGACUGCAGGGGACGUAGAAAACAAGCCUUGCUGUGAGUGUUCAUGUUUGUCGUCGGAAAAUUACAACAAACGCACUGUAUACCUCAUCAACUCUCUCAAUUAAUAUUUAACUAUUUACCCCGCACACACUGCAAAAUUUGUUGUUGCCCACUCUACUGAACGAAAUUACAGCAUUUUUAACUGGGGCAGAAAAUUUGCCCCGUACCAUAAAAAUUUGUGCCCAUUUUCAGAAAUGACAAAGCAAUUGUUCAGCUUUUAAAUCUGUGAUAUAAGUGAGCAGUUGUGGUAACAUUUUGUCGAUUUCCUACAACACUCAGUGACACAAUAGCGUUGAUUAUUUGUGGAAAUAAACGUGAAAGAAGAGCCUCGUCGACUGCAGUGCAUACAAAAAUCAUUGGUGUGUGAAUGUCUGCUGCACGAAAUCUCCUCAUGGAAGUGAAGUACUAAACCUUAAAUAAUCUCAUGUUUAAUUGUAUUAGUGGAUGUAGGGAGAAGCCCUUCUCAACUAUCCAUCAUCUUUAAACACUGUAGUCGAAACAUUCCCUAUACUCGCGCCCUGUACCCCACACGCACUCUCAAGAAGAAUUAAACUAUUUACCUUGCUGACACUAAGCAAUUAGUUUCUUGUAGUUAACUGAAGUAGAUGAUAUCGUACCCCUCGAUCAAUGUAACAAUUUUGGCUCCCUGUAACACCACAAUACUAGUUGUCAGUUUUAGAAAAGCCAUAGCAGGUGUUGUGCUUAGAUAUCUGUGGAAAAGGUGAGACGAAUAAAUAAUUUCUUCAAUAGUGCGAUUCUCUCAUGUUACAUUGUACGAGAGUUUUCUCUGUGCCGAAGAGUCACAUGAGAGAAGAAGAAACAGACCACGUGUUGGGUAGUGUCACGGCUACACGUAGUUUCAGAAAGAAGCCUUUCUGUGUUUUCAUCAUUCUCUUUGAAGAUUCUUGUUGGACUGUUAGUGCACAGUAAAUGAACUCCUUCUCUGUACCCUCUAUUGUACCCUCUAUACCUCAGAGAAUCUCUCAUUUAUCACUGAACGACUGAAAAAUACCUCACUGUAGCUCCCUGUACACUACCGAUUUACACGUUUCCAGUGUAGAUAAUUUUCCUCUCCCUGCUAAGUAAUUCUAUGAAAUUUUUGGUCAGUGCUAGAAAAGCCAUAGCAAGUGUUCAGCUUUGUAAUUUGUGGAAAAAUUAUUGGUCGCGAGUGAACAUGUUUAGCAGCAGUGCAUCUUUUUACUAUUACGGUAUCGGACGAAAAGUGCUCGGCGGAAGAAAAUUGUGAAAAAAUACCGUCAUCGACUGCAGCGGAUCCAGAAAUAAUUGGAGUGUGAAUGCCUGUGUUUUAAGAGAUAAGUGCUAGUGGAAACGUAUUGGGUAUUUGACUCCUGUUCAUCAGAAUCUGUCCAGGGAAGUGGAAUACCUGUGUUUUCACAGCUUUCUUUGACUUUGGAUUCUUGUCACAUCGCCGCUUCCUGGGAAGCGUGGAGUUAAGACGAAAAAGCGGCAGCGGUCUCCGAUGGUGAGGCAUGGUGCGGCCGUGUGCGGGCGUCGGCCCGUGGGCGCCUAGCCGCGGCCAUGGGGCGCGCGCGGCCGUCAUGGCGCUCUUCGGGAUGGUGUGGCUGCUGCGCGUGCGCGCCGAGAUGCGGCGCUGCGCCAAGUGCCGGCGCGACCAGCAGCUGCAGCUGCAGCAGCUGCCGCCGCCGCCGCCUGGGCCCGGGCCCGCCACCAUCUCGCUGCCGCCCCCGGGGGAGCGCGACCGCGACCGCGACCACGACCACGACCACGACCGCGACAGGGCCUCCGUCUCUGCCUCCGCCUCCUCGGCCGCCACCUUCUACACGCCGCUCGACACGCCCGGCACCUACUGCGAGGUGCACGGCUACGUCCCGCCCAAGGAAGAUAUACAAGAGUUUUACGAGCUGACGCUACUCGAUGACACGAAAUCAAUCCAGCAGAAGACGGCCGAGACGAUCCGGAUCGCGAACAAGUGGGAGGCAAGCGACGGGCCCAUCACCCCGACCUACGGCAACAACGACGCGCGCGUGCACGGGUCGCUGCCGCCCAUCACACACGCGCUGUCAGGCCUCUACGACAGCAGGGCGACGCCGCCCACCACCGUUGACCGGUUCGCGUACUCACAGAAGACGCGCUACGGAGCGGAGGACCAGCUGCCGCCCCCGCCGUCGCCCCCGCAGCUCAAGGAGCUGUCCUCCCUGGACGGCGUGCCGCGGCCCACCCCCACCGACCGCCUCCACAGCGGAGACGGCGUCGUUCUUCGUGACGCCGCCCUGCACCAGAGUAACGACAGCUGGCAGGGACACGACAGCGAUCAGGCGCACACGCCGCUGUUGCCCGGAGAUAGCAAACACGUGAACGGCGAUGCAGAGUGGGAGUUCGAGGAGAUGGUGCUGGAGCGCGGCGGCGCGGGCCUGGGCUUCAGCAUCGCCGGCGGCACCGACAACCCGCACGUGGGCGACGACAGCGCCAUCUACAUCACCAAGCUCAUCCCGGGCGGCGCCGCCGCCGCCGACGGCCGCCUCCGCGUCGGCGACACCAUCCUCCAGGUCAACGACGUCUCCGUCGUCGACGUCCCGCACGCCGCAGCCGUCGACGCGCUCAAGCGCGCCGGCAACACCGUCCGCCUCUACGUGCGGCGGCGACGGACGGCGGGCAACGUGCGCCUGCUGGAAAUCGAGCUGGUGAAGGGCAGCAAGGGGCUGGGCUUCAGCAUCGCUGGCGGCAUCGGCAACCAGCACAUCCCAGGCGACAACGGCAUCUACGUCACCAAGAUCAUGGACGGCGGCGCCGCGCAGGUCGACGGACGGCUGCUCGUCGGCGAUAAGCUGGUCGCCGUCAAGAACACGCCGCACGGAGAAAAAAAUCUGGAAAAUGUCACCCACGAAGAGGCUGUCGCAACUCUGAAGGCCACACAAGACAGAGUGGUGCUGCUCGUGGCGAAACCAGAAAAUGCAUACCUGCCGCCCCCACCUGAUGUGUCCAAUACACCUCCACCACCUCCGUCAGAAUCACAGAUGCCAUACUCCGAUUCUCUCAACACUCCAAUGACACUGCAGGCAUCGACACCACGAGCUGUCAGUGAAGAAGACGUCUCUAGGGAAGUGCGCACGGUGGUGCUGAACAAAGGCGCGAGUGGCCUGGGCUUCAACAUCGUCGGCGGCGAGGACGGCGAGGGAAUCUUCGUGUCGUUCAUCCUGGCCGGCGGCCCGGCCGACCUCAGCGGCGAGCUUCGGCGCGGGGACCAGAUCCUCAGCGUCAACGGCGUCAACCUGCGCAAUGCCACGCACGAGGAGGCCGCGCAGGCCCUCAAGGGUGCUGGCCAGACAGUGACUAUUGUGGCACAGUAUCGACCUGAAGAGUACAAUCGAUUCGAAGCUCGGAUCCAUGACCUCAAACAUCAGAUGUCCCAGCAGAUUAUGUCUGGCACACUCAUGAGGACAUCACAGAAACGGUCGUUGUAUGUUCGGGCACUGUUCGAUUACGACCCCAACAAAGAUGAUGGCCUGCCCAGUAGGGGCUUGCCAUUCCAUUAUGGAGACAUCCUGCACGUCACAAAUGCGAGCGAUGACGAGUGGUGGCAGGCACGCCGCGUUCUCCCUACAGGCGAGGAGGAGGGAAUGGGUAUCAUUCCAUCCAAAAGACGUUGGGAACGCAAGCAACGAGCCAGAGAUCGUACUGUCAAGUUCCAGGGACAUGUUCCAGGGGGCCCAGGCUCUGACAAGCAGUCGACACUAGACAGAAAAAAGAAGAACUUCUCCUUCAGUAGAAAGUUCCCAUUUAUGAAGAGUAAAGAUGACAAGUCAGAGGAUGGUUCAGAUCAAGAACCUUCUCCAACCACUCCCAACAACGAGGGUGAUCCUAAUAACAUGCCAUUCAUGCUGUGCUACACUCAAGAUGACACUCACACAGAAGGAGGAGAAGAAUCUGUGCUGUCGUACGAGCCAGUACAACAGCUUCAGAUACAGUACACGAGGCCUGUUAUUAUACUUGGUCCACUGAAAGACAGAGUGAACGAUGAUCUGAUUUCAGAAUUCCCUGAUAAGUUUGGCAGCUGUGUGCCUCACACGACAAGACCCAAACGAGAAUAUGAAGUGGACGGAAGGGACUAUCACUUUGUGGCAUCUAGAGAACAAAUGGAACGUGACAUCCAAAACCACUUAUUCAUAGAAGCUGGACAAUACAAUGAUAAUCUCUAUGGCACAUCAGUUGCCUCUGUGAAAGAAGUUGCUGAAAAGGGAAAGCACUGCAUCCUGGAUGUAAGUGGAAAUGCAAUCAAGAGGUUACAAGUUGCUCAGCUCUUCCCCAUUGCCAUUUUCAUUAAACCAAAGUCCGUGGAAUCCAUCAUGGAGAUGAAUAAGAGGAUGACAGAAGAACAAGCCAAGAAAACAUAUGAGCGUGCAAUGAAAAUGGAACAAGAGUUUGGAGAGUAUUUUACAGCUGUAGUCCAGGGUGACACUCCUGAGGACAUAUACAUGAAGGUGAAGGAAGUGAUUGAGGAGCAGUCCGGACCGAGCAUCUGGGUUCCGUCGAAGGACCAACUGUGACGGUCUGCGUGGACCAUGCCCGCCCGCCGCUAGAUGCGGCUGGCCCGCGUGGCGUAGUGUCCGAAGAGACCGUGGCCUGUCCACAUGCCCAAACACACAAACACAAUGCGACGGAGUGUUCCGUAGUGAUGUCCCACGAUCCGAUGUGUCGCAAGGAGAUUUGCGUGUUAUUAUCAGUUUUGUGUAGAGCUUGUUGUUUGUUCUUAUAUCACUUAACUUGUUAUGUGAUUGUGCAAUUUGUGUGUCAAAGAUCCUUUUCAAUUUUAACACAUGGAAUCUGACUAACCACAAAAUAGAGUAAUAAUCUGAUCUGAAAUGUACACAGAGUCCUCGUUACUCGGAGUUUUGAGGCUUUGAUUUGUAACUCGCAUUGUAUUGGCAAUAAAGUUUUAUUCGACUUAGGUGGUGUCGAAGGCAGUGUUUGACUGUAUGCUGGCUUGCUCUGGACAGAAGCUCUGAUAUUAGUGGAACUCGUGUUAUUAGACUGUGGAUGGCUCAUCUGAUAACAGAUUGUGUUUCCGGUUCUGCUAGAUGCUGUGCAGUGGUGGUGAUCUGUGGGAGUGAUCUGGGAGCUGAGCACGAGGCAGUGAUUUGGGAUAAUAUGGCCGAAUUGAAAUAGUUGUUUUUAAGAAUAUGAAGAUGCCCAAGUUUCUAAAGUUUCACCCUGUGUGUUGUGAAGCAAGUUAAAUUAUUUUUCAGGCAGAACUUAAACUGUGUAUAGUGUGAAAUCUUCAUCGGACUGUGUACAGUCGCGGGGUUAAAAAGACUCAGUUUUUGUAAAUGACUGACAAUUUGGAAAGUGUCUUUGCUGGCACUCUAGAGAUCUGAUUUUUACUAAACAAUACAGAAAUCUCAGUUACUGCAUAUUAUUUCCCUCUGUGUAAAGUGUGUUGCAUUAAAUGGAGUGAAUAUAGGUAAAAAGGUAGUACUCACUAGAAUGAGGGUUCACAGUUGAGCCAAAAAUGUGAAAAAGUGGAUGCUGUAACACUAGCAUUUAGAAUGAGAGGAGUUACAAAGUGGGAGAAAAUAAAAGGUGUAGGGAAAUGAAUGAAAGGAGGUGGCUUUAUCCAGUCUUUCCAUUAAAUAGCAGGUCAUGGAUAAAGCAGUUACGGAAUGUAGUAGUAUAUGAUGAGAAGAGGCAUUUUGGGACAGGAGAAAUGCUACAGAAUGGAAAGAGAGAGUAAAAAGUCAAGGUAAAAUUAGGAUACAAACAGGAGAUAGAACCACGAGGAAAGGGUAGACAGCUUGCAGAAACAGUAUGAUGGACAAAGAUGUCUGUGCAAUUACAGGCCUUGAGGAUUCAGUCAGUAAAAUUAGCACCUUGAUCUGUUUAGAUGCAUUGCAGAGCUCCUGCUGAAAUAACGUAUUUAUUGUACCUGUGCCUAUUUAUUCUCUGGGUUUUAUUGUUAGUGACACUGAUUGCAUCUGUUGCGGCAGGUAACAUGAAUGGCUUUUAAGAUGUGCAUGGGUAGUGUGCAAACAUCUCAUCUGUCAAUCAUUGUGGAAGACUUGACAUAAGAAAGUGGUCAUAAAGACAUAGGUUUUAUAACUGCAAAGAAAGAGCAGGAAUUGGAAAUUGAUGAGGAAUAAGAAUGCCACCUGACUGUUCAUUCAUUUACCAUUUACACUCAAGAUAUUCUCUUUCUGCUCUCUUACACACGACUCGGUCCUCCUGUAGAGUUUUUGUUUCUGUGUUUGCUCAGUGCUUACAUAUUUUUUUUUCCUCCUCCUUUUUGCUCUCUGAAUACAGAGACAGGAGCAGUUUAGGUUUCUAUAUUCCCCCUCAUGUUUUUGUUGGCUGAACUGUGAUACCUAUUCUUGCUGAGUACAUCAAUUUCAUUGAGCUGUACUCAAGUUUUCUAUUUAUCAAAUGGGCUGCAAAUGCCCAUAAUCCAAAGAUAAGAAGGAAAGCGUCCUGGUUUCCUCCAUGAAGAAUUAGAGAUGUAGUUUAAGAAGAAUUUACUACAUAUGAAUAAUGAUAUAAUCUGAUUGCCAUGUUUCAAUUUUUAUAUAGCAAUUUAACAUUCUUAUUACCUGAAUUUGAAGAUGGUCAUGUUUAAAAAAAUAUGCAGUUUGUUACUAGGUCUUUAUUUAUUGUGAACUGGUGCCGAAGACAUAUUCAGAGCUUGUAGUUUGAACACAACAUGAAUGUACAUAACACUCUGUUUAUUGGGAAGCUGUAUUAAGUGAAAAGUCCUUAGGGGCGUAAUGGUGGCUAAUAUUAAACUCCUUGUUUUGUUUUUAAUCGUGUAAACCUGCUAACAAGUUGUUAAUGCUGAAGCAGUAUGGAAGCACAGCCUGCAAGGCACAUAUGAUGUACUGAUGGGAAAUUCUUAGAUAUGAUAUGAUGACAAUGCAUAAAUAAUGCAUUUUCUGUACACUUUUGUGUGUUGUUAUUUCUACAAUUUUCUGAUUUUAUUAUGUCGUAAUGUUCUCUCUCUUGAUGUUUUGCAAUGAUGUCAGUCUUUACUCUAUUUCUCUUUUCUGUAAACUCACUUCUUUUCUAGCUUUUUUCUUUUAUUAGUUAGAGUGGCCUCUAUAUUUAAAUUGCUGUGCCUGAAUGUUCUUUUAAAUGAUGUUUUAUCUCAUUUUAAAUUUUUGAAACUAACUGUCUGCAAUUCACUAUAGUGUUUUAACAUGGCAGAUAAUGCUUGUAAAUCUGAGGCCAUGGUUUUCAUAAUUAACUUGUUGAUGUGUUACUCAUUUGUACAAUUCAUGUUUUAAUUCAAUGGCUGACAUACUCAGUAAGUUCUACUCUCUAAGCAACUGUAGCUUACUAUUAAGUGUGUUGGCUGGUACAAGUAAACAGAUCAGAUGACAAUGUGCAUGGCUUUUACAUAUUAACACUGUUUAUAAUAAAACUUCUAUCCAUUGACUGCAGUUGUGUAAAAGUGUUGUUGAAUUAUUAUUGUAUACAAAAAGUACUGCCCAUUUCAUUGCAGUGUAAAUAAAGUUGAGUCCCCAUAA